GGUGCAAACGGCAAGCUUUUUCGACAAUCUGGCAACAUGCUGGCAGCCCUGCGAAGGUCAUUUCCAAACAAACUAAAUCGAGGUAACAUUUUUCAACCGGAAUCUCUAUCCUUACGCCAUAUUUGCAACAUGACGAAGACAGCAUUGAUUAUCCUGGCCGAGGGAGCUGAGGAGAUGGAAUUUGUUAUUGCUGCAGAUGUUUUGCGCAGGGCAGGAAUUACCGUGACAGUUGCCGGUUUGAGUGGCAGUGGACCGGUCAAGGGUUCCCGUGAUAUUGUGUUUGUCCCAGACGCAUCUUUGGAGUCGGUGGCUAGUUCCAAAUUUGAUGUUGUCGUCCUGCCCGGCGGUUUGGGUGGCUCAAAUGCCAUGGGUGCCUCAAGUGUUGUUGGAGAUUUGCUGCGAGCCCAGGAGACGAAUGGCGGUCUAAUUGCUGCCAUUUGUGCUGCUCCCACAGCUCUGGCUAAGCACGAUAUAGCCACUGGCAAGUCUCUCACUUCGUAUCCGGCCAUGAAACCGCAAUUGGUGGACAAAUACAACUAUGUGGAGGGUAAGAAUGUGGUACAAGAUGGCAAUCUCAUCACCAGCCGUGGACCUGGAACUGCUUAUGAUUUUGCCCUAAAAAUAGCCGAAGAAUUGGCUGGGCUUGAGAAGACUCAAGAAGUUGCCAAGGGCAUGCUGUUGUCUUAUCCAAUCAAUUAAUUUAAUUGAAUUAUUAACCGCAGCUAAUGCAGUUAUACAGGUGUUAAUCAAAUUAAUAAUAAAAUAUUUAUAUAAUUGCUAAA